CAGGUUAGAAUCUGUUUCAAACAACAUGUUUUUUAAGGAAAUAUGUUGUGCCGUUCUGUUGUGUGUAGUUUUCAAUGGGUCAGCAUUUAAGCUAUUUGAUGCCGAACCGCUUCUAAGAGGCGCACCAAAAAUAAACUUGACUGGCGCCGAGCUGGAAGAGGUCUUGAACAUAGACACAGGCGGCGAGUACACCACGAUGAAGUUCCAAUACGAACACGACCAGUAUCUGGGGCAGUACACUGACGCCGACAAGGGCGAGCGCUGCUAUAACGACCAUGUCAGGUGCUUGACAUCCAUCAUGGCCGCUUCUCGACCGGUCUGUGGAACGAACGGUACCUGGAGAAAUGAGUUCGGCUCCAUGUGCGACUUGUACCUGGACAAUUGCAACAGGAACCAGACCUAUUGGACCAUAAUCGAUAGCGGGAACUGCAAUAGAGCCGAGCAAAUAUAUAUUUAUGAUUUUGACGAAACAAAAACCAUUAAACCUCGUAAAGGAAAAUAAAAAAUAAC